AAUAUUUUAAGGGAAUAUUCUUUUGGUACGCGUAUAGGUGUUAAGGGCAAUGAAAAGACGAAAGCAGAUGAUAACGGAUGAGAAAAUUGACUGGGCUAUGGGCGAAGGUUUAGCAUUCCUUAGUUUGCUAAAAGAAGGACAUCACGUAAGAUUAUCCGGGCAAGACGUGGAACGUGGAACCUUUUCCCAUCGGAUGCAUAUUAUUCAUGAUCAGAAGAGAGACAAAGUAUACAGAAACCUUCUCAACAACGUGUUCCCUGGUCAGGCGCUUUAUACCGUUUCAAAUUCUUCGUUAUCGGAAUACGGGGUUUGCGGUAAAAUUUACAAAGACACGAGAUGCAUAUGCCUAAGAUUGUACAUUUUAUUUUAUUAAAAAUUAAUCCUUUGAUAUCGUUGUACGCAAAAGGUUUCGAGUUAGGCUACUCGGUUUACAAUCACGAAACACUUACGAUUUGGGAAGGACAAUUCGGCGAUUUUUGUAAUACCUGUCAGGUUAUCUUGGAUUGUAUAUUAUCUUCUGGCGAAUCAAAAUGGGGUAGGCAAGUGGGAUUAGUCUUGUUUCUACCACAUGGCAUGGAAGGUCAAGGACCUGAACACUCGUCGGCAAGAUUCGAAAGAUUUUUGCAAAUGUGCGACGACGAUUGCAUUCACAUUCCUGGAACAGAACCGAAUGCUCCCAAAAAUAAAUCUGCGGAAGAGAUUAUGACGAAACAACUUUUUGAAAUAAAUUGGAUCGUUUGCAAUUUGAGUACACCGGCAAACUUGUUUCAUGUUUUGCGACGGCAAAUAUUGAUGCCUUUUAGAAAACCACUGGUAAUCAUGUCGCCAAAAUCAUUGCUUCGACAUCCCAUGGUGAUAUCGAGUUUCAAAGAAAUAGGCCCUGGCACAACGUUUCAACCUCUGAUUGGAGAUUAUUCUGUCAAACCAGAAGGCAUUAAAAAAAUACUCUUUUGUACGGGAAAAGUAUACUAUGAUCUCGUUGAAGAACGUAAGAAAAACAAAUUGGAAGAUAAAAUAGCAAUAAUCCGAAUCGAACAACUCUGUCCCUUUCCGUAUCAUCUCAUUGCGCAUGAAAUAACUAAAUAUCCGAAAUGCAAGAUAAUGUGGUUUCAAGAAGAACACAAAAACCAAGGCUCAUACUAUUAUGUAAGAGAAAGAUUAGCGUUAGCUUUACAUCUCGCACUGGAAGAAAUAACUUAUGGUGGUCGAGUACCUAGUGCUUCUCCAGCUACUGGCAAUAAGACUAUUUAUAUGACAGAAUAUCAAGACAUGAUGAAAGUAGCUAUGCUUCUUUGAUGCAUCGCCAUUCUUUGAUUGAAAUCCAAAGAAUGGUAAUAAUGAUAACGUCUUUCGAAUAUAAUAAUAAAAAUUCAAUAAUUAUUAUGAGGUAUCGCUCUAACUCACCAACAGACACAGAUAUUUCGUCCGUUCUAUUUUCCAACGCGAAAAAAAUGAUCGAUUUGCAUAACUCCACAUCACAUUAUGG